AUGGCAAGACUCGCUGGGAAUGUGGAGAGACCCCCAUGGAGGGAGGAGGUGGACGGCUACAAUCUCACCACUGUGACUCACUUUAUCCUCACAGGGCUCUCUGACCUCCCCGAGGUGCACAAUCCUGUGGUCUUUGCCGUCACCUUGGUGGGAAACGGGACCAUUCUCUAUACCAUUGGGACAGAGAAGAAGAUGUAUACCCACACGUAUUACUUUCUGGCCAAUCUGUCCCUCUUAGACAUAUUCUGCCCAUCAGCUACUGUCGCCAAGAUGCUGGACAACCUCUUGACUGGGAAUCACAGCAUUUCCUUCCUGGGCUGUACUUUGCAGCUUAAUUUCCUGGUAGCCCUGGCGGGGACUGAGGUCUUCCUUCUCUCUGUCAUGGCUUAUGACCAGUACGUGGCCAUCUGCUUCCCCCUCCAUUACACCCUCAUCAUGACAAAGGCUCGCUGUGCCCAGCUGGCAGCAGGGUUUCUCCAUUCCCUCCUCCACACAGUGUCCACCUUCUGCCUGUCUUUCUGCAAGUCCAAUCGGGUUAACCAGUACUACUGUGAUGAUCCCCCACUGGUGGCCCUCUCCUGCUCAUUCACCUACAUGGCAGAAAUGCUUGUUUCAGUGGCAGGAGGUGUCUCGGGAAUUGGUAUGUUCCUCACCACCUUCAUCUCUUACAUUUACAUCAUAUCCACCAUCCUAAAGAUUCAGUCUGUGGAAGGGAAGCAGAAAGCAUUCUCCACAUGUCCCUCCCACCUCCUGGUGGUCUGUUUGUUCUAUGGCACAACCAUCUUCACCUACAUUCAUCCCUCUUCAAGUCACCACUCCCCAGACAGGGACAGACUCAUCACCGUGCUCAAUGGGGUUAUCACCCCCAUGCUAAACCCCACAAUCUACAGCUUGAGGAACACAGAGGUGAAAGGGGCACUCAGAAACGUCUUAUGUCACUGA